GAAGCGGCGAGGCGCAAUAAGGAAGGCAGGAUCCCGCGGCUUCGCCUUGCCUAGUUCACAGCGCCUUCCCAGGAGGGGAGGGGAGUUGAUGUCCGUGGGCCCCGCCCCGUGAGCCAUGCCGUGAGGCCGAACCUAGAGUCCGCUGACAAGAGGAGGUGGGCGCUUGUGCGCUGCCGCCGCGCGCUGCGCCAAAAGAGCCGCUCGGAGGCGCAGAGCGGGUCACUUCUCCCUUUCUGCUUGUCCGCUCGCUCUCGACGCCGCGCUCUUGCCGAGGAUCCGACCUGCUCUCGCUCGCUCCCCUCGGCGUUUUCCUUUCCAAGAAGUGGCGAGGCGCCCUCGAGGUUCUCGCUGCAGCUUCCUUGGCGAGCCGAUCUGGGGCGCCCUUUCCCCGGGAGGAGCAGCCGCUGACGCCUCUCUCUGCCCACGCCACCUUCCCGCGGCGAUUUGCAGCCAGCCAGACCAGUUCGACUCCUCCGGGCGCAAUAGUCCUAGCUGGAGAGCGGAGAAAGCAGAGGGAAGAAGCGGAUCCGACGUGGAUUCCUGCCUGGGACGUCCAGCCCUGCCGGAACUCGCGGCUACUGCUACCGCCACUUACCCAAGACCUCCCCGGGCACCUGGUCCGCCGCCUCUGCCGCAUGAGGCUCUCUGGGCUGGUUCCUUGUCGCCGGGGUAGCUGUUCCUUCCACGCACGUCUUCCGACGCCAGGGCCCACAGCCCCUUCCUCUUCCUCCCGCCGGGGUCAUGAACGCCUCGCUGGGGAACCAGACGGACGUGGUGGGGCUCUUCCUUGCCAACAGCAGUGACUCUCUGGAGAGGGUGCUGCGCUCCUUCACGCCCCGGUCGGUGGUGACCGACGACGGCUUCGUUGUGACCGCGCCGGACGAGAGGAGCUUGUACAUCAUGCGCGUGGUCCAGAUCGCCGUCAUGUGCGUCCUCUCGCUCACUGUCGUUUUCGGCAUCUUCUUCCUGGGCUGCAACCUGCUCAUCAAGUCCGAAGGCAUGAUCAACUUUCUGGUGAAGGACAGGCGGCCUUCCAAAGAGGUGGAGGCGGUGGUGGUGGGGCCCUACUGACCUCCCCCACACCCUCCGAAGCCCCGCGGAGCCCGCUUAGCCACGCCAGGACUUCGACGGUGCGGACCAUGUUGGUGCCUUCGUCGGAAACUCCUCUCUCGGCUAUAUCUUGAGUUGAGAUGGGGAAACUCCCUCUCCCUUUCCCCCUCCGUCAGGGGCACCCAGAGGACCGGGCAAACUUCGCAAGAGGGAGCCGCUGCCGAACUGUGCUGAACUCCGCAGGAAGCGAAGCGCUGGAACUGUUUACAAAGGCAAAGGCGUGACACGCGCUCCAGUUUCUUCUCUUCGGCGUCCCCGGCCUCGUCAUGGCUCUGGGAGAGGGGUUGAUAAGAGAGAGAGGGAGAGAUGGGGCGCGGGGGUUGUGUGAUGAAGCCGUGAAGCCUUCCAAUUUGAUGUCGGUGUCCUGUAAAUAUGCCGUGUCAAUGCACACAGACGAUACAUUCCCAACUUCGCUGCUUUUUGUUUUGUGGGGAGGGGGUAGGGAAUGGGGACAGAUCGCAACUUUGAAUGUAAAAUCGGUCAGCUCUCCUGCGAGACGUUUGCCUUCAGAGGUUGGAGGGAGGAGAGCAGGGACACCAUCCAUUGGGGUGGGCAGUCAGGUUGUGCUUUUUUUGUGUGUGUGUGUGUGUGUGUGUGUGUGGAGGGUGCCCUAGAGCCACUUUGCAGCAUGUUGUCUGUAACACACUUCCCAGUGCUGAUGUGUGAAUGGAACAGUUUCUUGCCUCAUCUCCUUUCUACUGUAGCUCCCUAUCCUUCCUUCCUUCCUUUUCUUUUCUUUUUUUAAAAGAUUGUAUUUAGUCGGAGUCCACUUUGUAUUUUGUACCUCUCGUUUCUUGAUGCUUGUCUGCUGCUAAAGUCAGCAUGCUUGGUUGCUGCACCUGUGGCUUUAUAAAUUGCAUUGGUUUACACAGCUCUGAUGGUCGUCUUCUUCUUCUUUUCUUAUUUAAUUUGCUGUAAUAAAAUCUGCCAAAAACUUC